GCGAACUGUGGCACCUCCUGGCAUGUGGCCAAUGCCUCCAUUUCUAGUCCCUAUCGAGCCUUUUCUAAAGAGAAAAUCUUCGCAAAUAUUGGUGUGAAAGUCGGUCUCCAAAGCGUUAACAUCACAUUAAGAGCGACACCCAUUCAUAGGAGAAAUGAAGAAAUCAAUUACAACGAGAGGUUCUAUUGGAUCGGACCGACUGAAAUGAAACAAGAAUUUCAGACAGCAUUGGCUAAAGGACUGCCGUUUUCUAUACUAACAAUCGCUGAAUAUUUUAGUCAAGACGGGGAGGGAUUCUGUUGGGGUCGCAGCUAUCGACUGGCCGGCUAUUAUGCAAACAUACUCUUAUGGAUUGCAUUUUCGACGUGGAUUCUCAUGAAUGUGCUCUUGUGUGCCGUUCCCCGAUAUGGCGCAUACACUAUGCAAAUCACUGGUGUAAUCAUGCUCUUAACCAAUGCUAUCUAUACACUACUACUGCCUCGAAAGCCUCUCGUAAUACCCUUUGAAGGCGAAAACCUUACGUUUACCUAUGGCUGGUGUUUCUGGAUUGUACUCAUCGCAGGUGUGACCUCAGUAUUGGUGGGAGCACUGGUCGCAAUAGUUGACACACUAUUUCCUAAUAAGUUUUCAACGAUUCUGGAGGUAGACUACGACACACCGUAUCGUUACUUCGUGGGCAACGACGCCCAUCUGAUCGGCGCUCCCAUACCUAAUGGACACAACUNGGAGCACUGCCGCGAGGGCUCAGGCGCCACGGACUCGACGGCGUGUUGUGGUCGAGCCGUCAACAGUCAAACUCCUGGUCGGCCACAAGUAAUGAAGACGAAGAGCGAUGCGUCGACUUCGACGGCCGCCGACCGCAUAAACGAAGAGAUGACCCCAACUGGUGAUGAGUCGACAGUCACGACCGUCGCCCACAUCGAGACCAACUCAGGCGUCACUAACUCAGGCUAUGUUCAGGCAGAGGAGGACGAGGACAGUGAUGUGAGCACUACUAUCAUCGACGGCAAGAGAGCCAUAUCUCUCCAUAAUUUCGGCAAAUAUGCGGCACAACAGCAACAGAGGGAACACAAGACCCCAAACUCUAUUACAUUAAGGCAUAAGAACUUUGAUUUGUAUUAUUAG